CAGCCAACUGCAUGCCACCGCACUGCUCCCAUAAGUACGCUGCUUGACCGUCGCAUCACGUCUCUGGAAUCAAGAGAGACCUGGGUAUGAUCAUUCUGAGAGUUUGCUUCCACCCACAGAAUGGACGAAAACAGUGUGAUCAAGACACGCAUCGCCUCGCCUAGGUCAUUCCCGCUCGACCCUCGCCAUGAACAGACACGCACCAAGAACAUCCGCCCUGCGGCGCGCGUUUUCAACGACAAAGUCAAGCGCGACGCAAGUCGUCUCCUGAGCCUGCCAGAUGAGAUAUUGUGGCGCAUUCUCGACUUCCUCGCCGAAGAGUACUCGGGUCGCCAUCUUUCAAUGUUUGCACUGGCGUCCGGGCAAUGCAGGCAACUGGCGCGGCCUUAUCAGUUCGCCGAUAUCUGGAUCACCCGCAGCGAGCUGUCGUGGGCAUUGGUGCGAUACCUGAUCCAAGAGGCGAAGACAGAACAGGUUAUUCCAUCUAUCGGCAGCUACAUCCGCUCAAUGACUAUCACUAUCGAUCACGAUCACAAAGUGGAUCUGAGCAUACCAUGGUCGGAACCACUUGCCGUCUUGGAUGAGUUGGAAGUGUACGAAGAGUACUGGGCGCCUCUAUUUGACGAUUUGGCUGAAGCGGUUGACUCGUCCAUGCCGAACCUCGAGAGCUCUUACUGGACGGAUACUGGUGAAUUUGCGACGUGCGACGGCCUGCUCAUGUCCCUCCUGCGGCGGACGACAUCCAGCGGCCGUCUGCGGAAUCUUUACUUCUCUGAAUACGACUUCUUCUUCGGUGAGGUGGAGGAAGUUAGGUCAAAGUUUCCUUCUGGUCCGCUCCUGAUACGUGAUUUGGGCUUGGGCUACGAUUACUGCUAUAGGAGCACCCCGGGGCCGUAUGAUAGCAUGCGAUUCUUUCGUGAGGCUAUCCUGCGCCAGUCCUCUUCCACGCUGGAGUCCCUGGUCUAUAGCGGGAGCUUAGGUUUUCACUAUCUCGAACCUGAGAAUAAGAAUGAGCCGUACUCGUUAACCAAUCUUGAGGAUGGACCUAUUGUUUUCGACAGGCUGCAGAAGUUCUGGGCCGGGUGGUCAGACAACGAUAUUGAAUUGGACACCAGAGUCCUUGAGUGCAUAUUGGCGGCGCCCUUGGAAAGCUUCGCGCCCUCAGACACCAUCUGCACGGUGAUGCAGGCACGCGGACCGGCAGACUGCUUCCCACUCCGUCAUCUCAAGACAUUUGCCAUGACGGGGGCCGGCCACACGGUGGAGUGUGAACAAGCUGAGUACAUGUAUAAGCUUAUUAGUCUUGCUGAACACUACACCGGGCAGAUGGAGGAGCUCUUCAUCUAUUACUUUGAACAUGGAGCAAUUGACGACCAGCGUGUUCCGAAGCUGGAGGCACUCUUGGCCACCAACCGAUUCGAUAAUCUCCGGUACCUGUGCUUCAGCUGGCACCACGACCCACAUCUCACGAUUCUCAAAGCCAUUGGCGCGAACAUUCCGUCUCUAGAAGAGCUAUCUUUCGGCUUUCAACCAAGAGACAGCGAGAGUGGGUACGAUACUAGGAUUGAACAGAACAAUGGCUGGGAGGAUCUGAGCACGCCGGUUCACGAGAACUUUAUAGCGGCCAUCUCGCCCCUUCCCAAGCUGGCCAGGCUGUGUGUCUUUGGUGACGAGUACAUUGCCGACUGGUGCGAGCACUGGUCUAGACACCGGUUCCUCAAAGAGCACGUCUGGUUCCAUCAAGGACGCAGCUACACUAAAAGGGAGUGUGGAAGAAAGCCAUGGGAGGGACAGACUUGGUCAGAGGCCAUCAGAGGACAUACGAGACCGGGUGACAAGAUUGAGGACUGGCUGGCCAAAUGGGUCACGGGAUGUGCCGACACGGGCCAGGAUCCACGAGAGGCCGUGAAUGCGCUCGCUGCUCAGUAUGCAGAAGCCAUUCCGAGCUUGCGGGAAUUCAUGAGUGGAAGGGUGUUGGUGGAGAUCACUCGGGAGGGAGUAGCCAGCAACGCACGUUGACCCACGACUACAAACAGUGAGGCUGACCUGUAUGUAGAAUGACAACGGUCUAAGCUGGG